UGAUCAAAUACAAAUCCGUACCUGUGGAAGAAUAGUCCAGUAGAAUGGAGUUAGAUCGUCGUGGAUAACCAAGGCAAAGGUAGGCAGGCACGGCGGCCGGCGGCGGUUGUGCGACGGUGUUAGGAGAGGGGGUUGGUGGCUAAAGCGACAAAUCACCAGAAUUACCUGCAAAUUUCAAAGCUUCCAUUUCCCAUUACCACCAACCAACUAAGGAAAAAAAAAAAAAAAACUAAACAAUUAAGACUUUCACAGUUUCACUUUAACACCUACUACUGGCUACUCCCCCGCCCGCCCCCAAGAUCCGAUCCCGUUUAUUCCGCUGCUAUAUAUCUUCGGCUUCGACCCUCCCCUUUUGUUCGCCUCUCUAUUGCACCGAACCGGUAAAAAGGAGAAACCUUUCUCAGUCUCCUCUCCAGUACUAGACUGCAGAGAUUUGCAAAGCAGCAACCAACAGCCUUUUCUUUUCCCCAAUUCCUAGAUCCGAAGAAUGGCGUGCGAGGGUACUUUGUUGGGUAUGGGGAACCCACUCCUCGACAUCUCUGCCGUUGUCGACGACGGCUUCUUGACAAAGUAUGACAUCAAGCUAAACAAUGCUAUCCUGGCCGAAGACAAGCACUUGCCCAUGUACGAUGAAAUGGCAGGAAAAUACACUGUUGAUUUCAUUGCUGGAGGUGCCACUCAAAAUUCCAUCAGAGUUGCCCAGUGGAUGCUCCAAAAGCCAGGUUCAACAAGCUACAUUGGUUGCAUUGGGAAGGACAAGUUUGGAGAAGAGAUGAAGAAAAAUGCUAAGGAAGCUGGUGUCAAUGUCCAUUACUAUGAGGAUGAAGCUGCUCCCACUGGAACAUGUGCUGUCUGUGUUGUCGGUGGUGAGAGAUCGCUUGUUGCAAAUUUGUCAGCUGCGAACUGUUACAAAGCUGACCAUUUGAAGAAGCCUGAAAACUGGGCACUAGUUGAGAAGGCCAAAUAUUACUACAUUGCUGGAUUUUUCUUGACUGUGUCUCCCGAAUCUAUUCUGCUUGUUGCUGAACAUGCAGCUGCCAAGAACAAGAUCUUCUCGACCAAUCUUUCUGCACCAUUUAUCUGUGAGUUCUUCAAGGAUGUCCAAGAGAAAGUUUUGGCUUAUGCAGACUUUGUCUUUGGCAAUGAGACUGAAGCUAGAACCUUCUCAAAGGUUCAUGGAUGGGAGACUGAGAAUGUCGAGGAGAUUGCCAUCAGGAUCUCCCAAUGGCCCAAGGCCUCUGGGGCACACAAGAGGAUUACUGUCAUCACACAGGGUGCCGACCCUGUUGUCGUGGCAGAAGAUGGGAAGGUGAAACUAUUCCCAGUGACCUUGUUGCCUAAGGAAAAGCUUGUUGACACCAAUGGAGCCGGGGAUGCAUUUGUCGGCGGGUUCUUGUCGCAAUUGGUGCAGGAGAAGCCCAUUGCAGACUGUGUCAAAGCCGGCACCUACGCAGCCAAUGUGAUCAUCCAGAGGUCUGGCUGCACAUACCCAGAGAAGCCAGAGUUCAAUUAGAUCCUUCCAAUUUUGGAAUUCCCCCACAAGAGCGCACAUUCUUGUAGCAUUGGAUUCUAAGGAGUCCUCUACAGCUUGAAACAUAUUAUCCGUGUUUCUCACACUUUACAUUAUCAUAUAUGUUACCACUCAAAACCCAUGAACCCAGAGGAUUUUUUGUUGCCCAAUGCCUCUCAUGUGCUUGUGGGAUAUAUACAUUGUGCUAUUUCAUCACUGGAAGUUAGUUUUUUGGCUUCAGAGUUUUUAGUUCUGGAAAUGAAAUGGACCAGAUGGUUCUCAUCAUUUAUUGCUCUUUGUAUCCUUUUACCCGCCCUUGUUAUAUGAUGUGUUUUGCCUGGUUUCAAUUGCGUCUGUUCUGCCAUGAAGGCUGAAAAGGCCAAGCCUGGCGAAUGUACGAUAUCAGAUAUCAAAAUCAAACGUGUAAAUGCAUACCUGUUCUUGGAAAGGCUAUUGCUUGCCUGUUAUCAUUGCCUAAGCAUGCUAAUAAUAAUUCAUGGGGACUAAUGCAUUGCAGUUCAGAAA